AUGGCGAUGCCAUCUUCAGGAGGCUGCGCAGCCGACCCUCCGAGGCGUCAAACCUCGCCGAGUGGUCCCGCACUCUCUCAGGCCGAAAAAGAAAGAGUGGCACUCGAGGCAAUUCUUGAGGAGCCAAGGCAACAAGCGCAUGGCAGCUUUCUUCAGGAGUUGAAGCGCCGUGGUGUCGCUGUUACCACGUCGGAAGCGGCUGAGCUUUAUCACCGAGUGGAGCCACUCGUGUUUGGUUCGGCUCAUGCGCAGGUGGCGUCAGCCUAUGGAGGAGCGCCUCCUCCUGUGCAACCCCCAGCAAUGGGCCCCGCAGUGGCCCAAGCAGUUACUGAGAGCCGCGGAAGUCGAUCGGCGUUGACUCGCGAUGCAGUCGAGGGAGUUGAAGAUCCCGAGACCGGAGCCUCGCUCUCCGAGCUGAAGACCUCGUUUUUGAGCGCUAUGGACCCAGACGCGGAGACGCUAGACGAGUACGAGGUUCGGCUCAGCCAGGGAGUUGAGAUGGCGCGGGCCGAUUGCCGCGAUGAGGCACUUAGUUUUGCCGAAGGUAUGCUGGGUGAAGCACAGUUUAAGACGGCCUACGCACGCUUCCAGAAGUUCGCUACCGAUGCGAAGUCCCAAUCGAAUGGACCAGACAUUGUGCUUCGUGGUAUUGGCGCCGGUAUCUCCGGACUCUUGCAGAAGCCCGGAGCAGAUCCCGUGGCGAUCUACUAUCGUUACGACGGAGCUGUUCGUGCUUACAAGGAGCUCGGUGGUGCUGACGAAUCUGGCCGUGUUCAAGCACGUCUGCAGUCCUUACAUGAGAAGGCCGAGAAUGCUCUCGAUGCCCGGAGUUUACCUCCGAGUUCCGCAGCAUCUGUCCGAUCCUCUCAGGACUGGUUGUGGGAGAAUUGUGGUUUGGUGUCCCCAUCUCGUUUCCGUCGCGGCGGCGCUGAUACCCCUCCUGCUGCCGGUGCUGCUCACCGAGGAAGGGAUAUGGGUCGAGUGCUAGAGGAGGAUGUGGAUCGGAGUCGAAGUUCGGAGCAAAGACGAUUGACUCCUCCCCCGCAGCGGUCGAGGCACACUCCCGUUCAGCGGGCACAACACUUCGACAUGGCUUCCUCCUCGAAUCCCUCCGGCGGCGAGACUGCCGAGGAGAUGCGAAACCAGAGGGAACAGGAUGCACGAGAUCGAGCAGCGGAACUCAAAUCCCUGCGAGGCGAGAAAUCUGUGUUCACGUUUAAUUUGAAGGACGACCUGCCCAUCUUCGGGGAUGGCGACACCGAUCUGGACCGCCAUUUGGAGUCUUUUCAGGAGGUGUGCUUGGUUGUCAAGCCGAAUAACGACAGAGAGAAGCUUCGCUUGUUCGCCCGAACCCUUAAGGGCACGCGCCGCCGAUGCUAUGAUACCAUCGUGAAGGAAGCGAAGAGCAACGGCGAUUAUGAGGCGCGACCAAAUGUGGUGUAUGAUUGGGUAGUGGCGGCGCUGGACGCAAGUUUCCACGAGUCAGACGAGGCCAAGGCAAUGAAGGCCCGGGCUAAGUAUGACGCGCUGGAUAAGAAGUCCACUGCCUUUCAUUUUUCAGGAGCCCUGACCGAGCUCAAUGCUGCUGGGGUCUACAAGUGCCAGAAAGACCUCCUCUACGACUACCUGCACAAGAUUGGGUCGUACCUCCGCGACGAGGAGUUUCGAGGGGUGGAAAGCUGGUCUGAGGCCGCGCUCGUGGCGCGUGAGAUCACCUUGCGUAAGGACAAGCGCCAGCGGAAGAAGAAAGGUGGUGGUGAUGGCACCGAGGCUGAUACCUCGCAGGCGCAGGUGAGCUUGCCGAGUGGUGUGGGUGAUGCCAAAUGCAAGCACUGUGGCCACCCCGGAACGGCAACGUUUGCCAGCUCUGUGCAGCAGUGGGGAUUAAGGAUGGCACUCACCGAGCCCGACAUCAUGGUUUCGCAGCUGCGGACCAGUAUUCCUCUGGCGGCGGCGGCGGAGACAAAAAUGGGCUCGGGUGGAAAGGCUGACAAGGAUCAGGACAAGGCCAAGCAGCCUUGCCGCUUGUUUGCCAAUGGACGCUGCACCUACGGCGACAAGUGUAGGUUCUCUCACGCCAAGGGAAAUGCUGCGCACCAGCAGCAGCAGCAGGAACCAUCCGGGGAUAAGAGCAAGAAGGCCAAGGCGAAAGCUGCAAAGGCCAAAGCAGCUGCCGCUUCUGAUGAGCGAGUUUACCCCUUGUUUGAGGUACCACCGGGAUCAGCUGGAGACCCUGUGCCUCUUUACGAUACUUCACACCAGACUGUAGAGCCCGGUGCCAAAGGCUGGCGCCAUUGGCCGGGGAACAUGAGUAAACUCCCCGCAGACCGGAAGACUGUGGCUUCCGCGCCCACGCCGGGGUUCAAUGCGCAGACUAAGGUUUCGUGCGGAGGCAUUGAUCUUGUUGCGUUGUUGGAUACCGGAGCUACGUGUGGGUCAAUAGCCGAGUGGUUGUUUGCGGAGGUUUACGAGCGUGUGAGCAUCGAUGUUGCCUCAGGCAAGUACAAGUGGGGAGACCGCGAUUGCCCAAUUCGCGAGAUUGGGGAUUUCUCCAAAGAUCCUCAGUCAAUGAUGGGUUUUAAGAAAGGGACCAGCAUUGAGACGCGUUUUUUCGUUGUUUUGCGGUCGGUGUUCACGCCAGCGGGCAAGGGAUCGCCCCAUGUGGCGGCUGUUCGCCUCAAAGUGAUGCCAGCAGGGCUCCAGCACCGGGUAGUGGAGUCCGGGCAUCGUUUCGAGAAGCUCGGGAUUACGCUGCCGAGACUAGAGCUCGAUCGCGAGACUUUUUUGCUAGACGGUACAGAGUGUCGGUUGGCCCCACUCCGAGCUAUGUUAGAUGCCGAGGUCUACCUCGAGGCGGAUCAGUCGGCUGUCGCGCCAGUCACGUGGAUUGGUACACCCAAUGGGGUGACGAGGGUUGUUCCUGUGGAAGGCGGACCUGAAGUCGCCUAUGGGCAUUUUGACCCCGACAUCUGCCGAGAGGGAUCUGUGGUAGCGCACAACGAUUCUCUCCUUCCGCAGCAGUGGGAAGUUGGGGAGGUUGUUGCCGCUGGUCAAGCGGUGUUUAAGGAUCCGUCUGGCGAUGGGUCUAGGUGUAGCUUGUGUAAGCGAAAGUUGGCAGCGCAUUCUGCGGCCCUCGCAGAGUUGCCCUCUCUGGGUGGAGCAAUCGGGGAAGCGUGCUCCGAGUGUGGGCUGUACGCCGAACGCCUGUUUCGUGAGCAGGACUUUUCCGUCGCGCCGUGCACCAAAUUUCUCCACGAGUUGCAGCUCGCGUGGGAAAUUGAGCCGCAGUGCGCGCGGCCAGACCGUCGGAAACGACGCAACGCAGGUGUGGAACGCCGACGCAUGAUCUUCGGGGCCUUCCGCUUCGGAGGCAUGACCGGCGUCACAAACUUGACGCGUUUGUGGCAGGCCACAGCCCGUUAUCUGAACAGCUUCCUUCGACGGAGGUGUGAAGAACAGUGGACUAGUGCUGAGAGUUGGAAUGCUCUGCAGGUGUCUUUCAGUACUGGUAUUGCAAUCCACCGGGAUUCGCAGAACGUCAAGGGCACUUACAACUUCUUGUACUGCAGCGGCAAGUACAAGGGCGGCGAGGUGUGGAUUGAGUCUGCCUCCGCCUUGGCGGCAGAUUGCCCGCGCCAAGCAGAACCGUCUGUAUGGAAGGACGAAGAGCAUCCCGAAGGUCUCCCGGGCUUCAAGGUGAGCGCGAAGAACACGGUGCUUAAGUUUGAUGGACGGGCUAAGCACGCGGUUCUACCGUUCGAAGGAACCCGCAUCUCGCUUGCGGCUUACACGGCGCAUACGUUGGGCGAACCACUGCCACCGUUAGGCAAGAGACUUGGUUUCAGCAUGCUUGCGCAAGAGGAGCCGCGGCUUGCUGCGUGGAGCGUCUUCAGCCCCGCGACCGAGUCUGUUCUGAUGAGGAGUCCUCCUCAUGGGUUUGGUCCGAAAGUCGAUGACAUCCGAGUCCGCUUGACUUUCUGUGGUGUCACGGGCCAGUUGUUGGAGCGGUGCUACACGCCCCUUGAGUUCAUGGAGUUCACUGAGCCGACUGACACGUUGACCGUGUUCUUGCACGUGGACUUGGGGAAGGCGAGUGCCUUGGCAGAGCUCCAGCUUGCGGAGGUUGGGUACGAUUUGCAAGGCCAGAAGCGUGGACCGAAUCGGGUCAUGGAAGGUCACUUGGUGGAUCUCACGCGUGGGAGUUCUCCCGGGGAUUGCAACCCCGAGUUUCAUUACCAUCUCAUUGAGAAUGAGGAACUGGUUGACAGCAUCUUGAACGACGAGGUGCCGACGGAGAGCUACUACCAGGCCUAUCGUGCUUAUCUCGAGGCCAGCUAUCCUGGAGCGCGGCCCUGUGUUCUGGAGCAUAUAGCUGAGCUGGUUGAGUUGUUUGACGUGUGCAUAUGCAGUGGGUUUUCCUUGGGGAUUGACAAGUUGGUUUUGUUGAAGCCACAAGUUAAGUCCUUGGGAGAGAUCGUCGGACGUCAUGGGCGAUCGCCCGACCCGGCGAAGGUUGAGACCCAUGCGCAGUGGGGAGAGAUCAAGAAUCUGAAGCAGCUGCAGGAGUUCUUGGGAACUGCCAACUACAGCCGGGAUCAGAUUGGCCCGAAAUUUGCAGUGGCCAUGGAUCCGUUGAGAAGGUAUCUCAGGGAGGGCGAUGCUGGUUUUCCCCUCACGCCUCGAGGCCCAGAGGCCGUCGAGCGGCUGAAGAAGUUGAUGAAGAAGGCUACGUGUCUUUCCGUGUCCGAUGAGCACGCGGCAGCUUCAGGAUCUCGUCCUUACGAGCAGCUGGCGGACUGUUGCAAGGCUGGCUUGGGGGGAGCGCACUUGCAGAUGAGCGCCGACCUCAAGAAGUGGCUGCCGUUGGCCUAUCAUGCUGAGAGCUUGACGCCAGCGCAGACCUUGUGGCACCCGUUUCGGCAAGAGCAGCACGCACAGCUGCGAUGCCGGAGGAAGUUCCGCGCGCUGUUUGGGUCUAUACCAGUGAUAAUGUACACCGAUCACGCGAAUAUCGCGCGGCUACAGGACAAGCCCCUUGACCAGGUUGAUCCUGUCAGUUUCCGGACAUGCUCCGAGCUCACUGCAGAUGGAAGUGAGAUUCGGAACCUUUCAGGCCGAAGCAUGCGCUUGGCCGAUGGGCUGAGUAGGUUGUUCGACACGACCUCACUGCCCCAAGACCAGGAGAAGAAGAUGUUGGAGAGGCUUGAGGAGCGAACGCGCGAGUCGCGCGAGUUGGCCACUGCCCACGCGCGGCUCAAGGACCCGGAUUGCGAUGAUUUCCUUGAGUUUCCGGAGCCGAACCCUUCUCCUAAGGCGGCGUCCAAGGAGGAAGUUGCUCGAGGCGAGGCCGAGCCAGAUUUGCAGACGCAGUGCGAUCUGGUUGAAGAGGGUUUGCGCACUGCUGGGGUUGAGUCGACCGUUGCGCCUAGCGCCACGUCGUUUGCCGAUGACGACAACGUGGGCUAUUGGAUUGACGCUCGAGCCAGACAGAUGUCCGAGACGGUUAGACGACUCCGAAAACAGAUCCUCACUGGGGUCAUGACCAUGAUUCGUGAGGUAUGCCGGCGAAAGCCGAGGUUGUUGGUUGGAGCACACCAGGGCGCGCUCAUUGUUCUGAUGUGUUCUUUGCCGUUUGUGGUUGAGGCGGCUCUAAGGCAGCGAGUGUCGACGGAGACCGAGCUGAUAGAGGCCCGCAACACCUGGGGCGCAAUUGAAGGGUUUGUGUCCAUUGAGCCCUUCUCCCAGGCACAGUACCUUGACUGCAAUGUGUUGGGUCAGGCGUUGCCGGAAGCUUUUGCGCCGCAGCGCAAGUUGCGACCUAGUGUUUUGGCUGCACCGGCGUCGGCCCAUAAGAAGACUAUCGCGUUUUGGGAUGGGCUUACGGAGCAUUUGGGGUUGAACCGAGUGCUCACACUCGCAGAAGCCAUUCCCUUUAAAGAGGCGUUGACCUCUGCGUACCCAAAGAGGCUAGAGGCUGAAGGGGCUGUGACAAGUGCCGCUGCAGCCCCAACUACCUCACGUCGCCUUGCACUGUCUUUGCCGCCCAGGAGCAGCCGUGAUGUUCCCGCGCUGGAAGGCGCGAGCCCCUCAAUCUCCACCGGUGCCAUCUCCCCAGCCACCGCUGUGUCAGGCGGUACACUUUUUGAGCUUGAGCUGUUGCGGCAGGAGAACUUGCAGCUCCGCAAAGAGCUAGAGCGAUCUGAGACAAGGACAGCAGGCCUUCAGACGCAGCUCAGAGCGCAGCACGCCCUUCGUCAAGCCUCCCAGAAUAAGGCUCCCACGACGGGAUAUGACGCUAGCAUUGCGUCCGUUACGCUUCUCCCAGACAGUGAAUGGCUCAGUAAAGCUGUCGUUGACAUCUCACCGUCGACGAGCGACUCGGGUCCAAAUGUGAUCAUGGCUACAGCCUAUACGUAUGACUGUGUGACCAAGUGA